AUGUGCAUACUAUUAGGUUUAACGGAUCAUCCAGAUUAUUCAUUAAUUCUAAUUUCAAAUCGAGAUGAAGUUUACCAGAGAAAGGCAGAAAGAACAGCUGUAAGAAAUUUGAAAAAUACCUAUAAUAAUAGCCCCGCUAGGGUUUUGUGUCCCGUUGAUGAACUGAGUGGUGGUACAUGGUUAGGUAUAAAUCUGGAUACCAAAGUUUUUUCAAUUGUUUUAAAUAUACAAGAGUUAGAAAAUAAUCCAAACGAUAAUAAACAGCACAAUAAAGGCUUGUUAUCAAGAGGUAUUUUACCAUUGAUAUGUUUGUUAAAUGAUAAUAACAACAAUAAGAAUAAUGGGAAUGGUAAUAGUGAUAAACUAAGUUCCAAGGCCGAUUGGCUUAAUACAUACCCUGAUAUCAUCAAAACCAGACCAUUUAAUUUAGUCUAUGGCGAUCUAUCCCGCAAUAAAUGCGACUUAAAUAUUUUAUCCCUUAAAAGUGAUGCAACCCAUACAGAUACUAAUUUAACAGAGGAACUAAAACAUUAUAAGAUAAAUAGCACUAACGAUACCACAUUUGUUAUAACAAACAACAAAUAUUCGGAGAAUAUAAAAGACUGGCCCAAAAUUAAAUUGGGACAAGACGCACUUGAUGAAUUGCGUAAUACUAAAACUGACAAUAUUAUAGAAAAAUGUUAUGAAAUUGCUACACGAACGACGUUACCUGAUCACAGAAAUAUCCUUACUUCCAAAGAAUGCAAGGCCCUUGUCCGCAAUUCUAUUUUCAUACCACCACUUAAAGUGAAAAAUGAAGAUGAUCCAACUAUAAUCGAUUACGGUACUAGGACCACAAUAGUGAUUACGGUUUCUAGAAAAACGGGGGAUAUAACAUAUGUUGAAAGGGAUAAUGUAGAAAAAAAUAAUGCAGACUUAAUAUUCACAGAGUCAACCUAUCAAUGA